CAAGUAGGCGUGACGUCUGUGUUGUUGUGUGUAAACACAUGACCUUCCAUCAAGGAAGUAUUUCACUCAGUCGCCGACUAACAAACGCUCAACCUCCUUACCAAUGUACACAUUGUGUUUUAUCUACUAACAUUCUGAUUUGUGUGUUUGGGACCGUGUUUCUACCGCUAACAAAAAUUACAAGCAGGCUGAGGUUUGAAACGAGGCAGUAGUCUAGUGAGAGUUGUGCGUCCUGUAGCCUAGUGUAGCCUAGUGUAGCCUAGUGUAGGUACCUGUUGACACUAAUGGCAGACUCGAGCGGUUCGAGAAAUUCCUGUCGGGAGUCGACGAUGUACGCUCACCCCGAAAUGGAAGGGUUCCUGGAGAAAAAAGGCACAGGGGUUAUUAUACGUAAGACAAAGACCUUUUGUUCCCUGCAAGGCAGCACCCUCUACCUAAAGAAGACUCAAGGCGUCAUGGACACACUUGAUGUCAGCGACGCCCAUCAGGUCAAGAAAAUCAACUCUGACUCCACUGGUACCAGCUUUGAGAUCAUCAUCAAAAAAAAGUCUCAUAUUUUUAUUUGUUCAUCCAGUGAAGAGUGCAGUUCGUGGGUCAAAGCGUUACACACAGCCAUGGCUUUCAAGGAUUCUGGCGUUCGCAGUUCAACUUUUUAUACAACUGACCUGAGCGAGGAUGAAAAUGGCAACGAGGGUCGAGACUGCGUCUACACAACAAUCUCAGACGAACAGUCCAAGGCUACAGAAGAUCAGACUGAGGCUCCAUACAAGGUGUCAGACUACGCAGAUCCAAUUGAUGCUCAACCCUCAACUCCACGCACAGAUCCAGUAUACUAUGACAUCCAGGAUAGCAUCAAGGUCACCAGCUCUGACAAGGUCGCCUGUCCUGAAGAGCAGCCAGCCCUGCCUGACCAAGUGUAUGAAGAUGUGGUCACCUACCGCUCCUCUAGGGUCAGUGACUUUAGGGUCAAUGAACUUGAGUCUUCUAGCAAUGGCUACUCAGUGGUCACCAAGCAGAAAGAUGAGAGCAAGGCUCACACUGAAGGCUCCUCAGUGGCGCCACCUGCCAGCACAAUACAAGUGGCAGACGACAGCAUCUACUCUGAUGCAUCCACAGAAGCACCUGUUUGUUCUGUGUCAGCACCUGCUUCUAGCUUGGCACAUGCUUCUGCCACAUCACCACCUGCCUCUACCAGGUCAGCACCUGCUUCUGCUUGCUCACCACCUGGUUCUGCCAAGUCACCACCUGCCUCUGCUCUGCCACCACCUGCAUCUCCCAGAGCACCACAAACUUCUGCGAGGUCACCACCAGGGCCUGCCAUGCCAGCACCUGCCACAGCCAGGUCACCACCUUCAAUCAGGUCACCACCUGCUGUCACUCUCACUGGCCCUUCAGAGUCACUCCAAUCCCAGCCACCAAAUGGGCUGGACCACAACGAGGGGGAUCCAUUUUCUAUUUUAGUAGCCGCCCUUAACGAGACUGAGUACCAAAUACCAGAGUUGAUCCAUCCCUUGUGUGAUCAGGACAGAAAGCCACUGGAUGAUUUAAAAACAUUUUUGGCCACCAACAAGAGCGUGUGUCGCGUCUCCUGCUCUACACCAUCCACCACAGAGGACCCCAUCAGCCAACUCAAAGCUGUGCUUGCUGCAGUCAGUGCUAGAAGCUGAACACUAGACCAACUGACUUUUGUAGGCUUGCACCAACUGACUUUUGUAGGCUUGCACCAACUGACUUUUGGAGGCUUACACUGACUUUUGUAGGCUUACACCAACUGACUUUUGUAGGCUUGCACCAACUGACUUUUGUAGGCUUGCACCAACUGACUUUUGUAGGCUUGCAACGACUGACUUUUGGAGGCUUGCACUGACUUUUGGAGGCUUGCAACAACUGACUUUUGUAGGCUUGCACCAACUGACUUUUGUAGGCUUGCACCAACUGACUUUUGUAGGCUUGCACUGACUUUUGGAGGCUUGCAACAACUGACUUUUGUAGGCUUGCACCAACUGACUUUUGUAGGCUUGCACCAACUGACUUUUGGAGGCUUGCACCAACUGACUUUUGUAGGCUUGCAACAACUGACUUUUGUAGGCUUGCACCAACUGACUUUUGUAGGCUUGCACCAACUGACCUUUGUAGGCUUGUACCAACUGACUUUUGUAGGCUUGCAACGACUGACUUUUGGAGGCUUGCACUGACUUUUGGAGGCUUGCAACAACUGACUUUUGUAGGCUUGCACCAACUGACUUUUGUAGGCUUGCACCAACUGACUUUUGUAGGCUUGCACCAACUGACUUUUGUAGGCUUGCACCAACUGACUUUUGUAGGCUUGCACUGACUUUUGGAGGCUUGCAACAACUGACUUUUGUAGGCUUGCACCAACUGACUUUUGUAGGCUUGCACCAACUGACUUUUGGAGGCUUGCACCAACUGACUUUUGUAGGCUUGCAACAACUGACUUUUGUAGGCUUGCACCAACUGACUUUUGUAGGCUUGCACCAACUGACUUUUGGAGGCUUGCACUGACUUUUGUAGGCUUGCACCAACUGACUUUUGUAGGCUUGCACCAACUGACUUUUGGAGGCUUGCACCAACUGACUUUUGUAGGCUUGCAACGACUGACUUUUGGAGGCUUGCACCAACUGACUUUUGUAGGCUUGCACCAACUGACUUUUGUAGGCUUGCACCAACUGACUUUUGGAGGCUUGCACCAACUGACUUUUGUAGGCUUACACCAACCGACUUUUGGAGGCUUGCACCAACUGACUUUAGUAGGCUUACACCAACUGACUUUUGUAGGCUUGCACUGACUUUUGUAGGCUUGCAACAACUGACUUUUGUAGGCUUGCACCGACUUUUGUAGGCUUGCACCGACUUUUGUAGGCUUACACCAACUGACUUUUGUAGGCUUGCACCAACUGACUUUUGUAGGCUUGCACCAACUGACUUUUGUAGGCUUGCAACAACUGACUUUGUAGGCUUGCAACAACUGACUUUUGUAGGCUUGCACCAUCUGACUUUUGUAGGCUUGCACCAACUGACUUUUGGAGGCUUGCACCAACUGACUUUUGUAGGCUUGCACCAACUGACUUUUGUAAGCUUGCAACAACUGACUUUUGUAGGCUUGCACUGACUUUUGGAGGCUUGCACCAACUGACUUUUGUAGGCUUGCACCAACUGACUUUUGUAGGCUUGCACCAACUGACUUUUGUAGGCUUGCACCAACUGACUUUUGUAGGCUUGCACCAACUGACUUUUGUAGGCUUGCACCAACUGACUUUUGGAGGCUUACAACAACUGACUUUUGUAGGCUUACACCAACUGACUUUUGUAGGCUUGCACUGACUUUUGUAGGCUUGCACCAACUGACUUUUGUAGGCUUGCAUCAACUGACUUUUGGAGGCUUGCACCAACUGACUUUUGGAGGCUUGCACCAACUGACUUUUGGAGGCUUGCACCAACUGACUUUUGGAGGCUUGCACCAACUGACUUUUGUAGGCUUGCAAUGACUUUUGUAGGCUUGCACCAACUGACUUUUGGAGGCUUGCACCAACUGACUUUUGUAGGCUUGCAAUGACUUUUGUAGGCUUACACCAACUGACUUUUGUAGGCUUGCACCAACUGACUUUUGUAGGCUUGCACUGACUUUUGUAGGCUUGCACCAACUGACUUUUGGAGGCUUACAACAACUGACUUUUGUAGGCUUACACCAACUGACUUUUGUAGGCUUGCAUCAACUGACUUUUGUAGGUUUGCACCAACUGACUUUUGUAGGCUUGCACCAACUGACUUUUGUAGGCUUACACCAACUGACUUUUGUAGGCUUACACCAACUGACUUUUGUAGGCUUACACCAACUGACUUUUGUAGGCUUACACCAACUGACUUUUGUAGGCUUACACUAACUGACUUUUGGAGGCUUGCACCAACUGACUUGGAGACCUGCCCCAAAUGCUGGUUACUGCCUCUUUUAAAAUCAUGUGGUCAAUCAUGUGGUCAAUCGUGUGGUCAAUCAUGUGGUCAAUCAUGUGGUCAAUCAUGUGGUCAAUCAUGUGGUCAAUCAUGUGGUCAAUCAUGUGGUCAUUACUUCUGAUAAUUUAAUUUUACACCUCUUUUUAAAUUGAUGAAACAAAUUAUAUCAACUAAAUUAGUUCUCAAUGUUGAAAUCUAUAUUUACUUAAUAAAUAAUUUCAACUUCAA